AUUGUAAUUUAAAAUGUGAAAAUUUUAGCUGUCCUCCAUCAUUCUCCCUGAGGAGUCGAGUUACGGUGACUUUGUAUCUUCUACAAGAGACGCACAAGAGCAAGUUAAAAAAACUGUAGAGGAAAAUAUGGCAAAGUCCCAAGACUUACAAAAGGAAGCCUAUGCCAGACGAGUCCAGAAGAAGUACAGAAACCUUGUGUACAGCGUUGGAGAUGAAGUUCUUCUCUUGAACAUGAGGAAACGUGGAAGGAAGGGAGGAAGGUUUGAUCCAGAUUUCUCAGGACCCUACACCAUUCAAGACAUCGCUGGCAAAUGUGUGAGAUUAAAAAACACGGAAGGAGCAACUUUAAAAAACCACUACAGCAUUGACCAUAUCAAGCCGUACAGAAGAAGCCACCAUGUAAAUGUCAGUGACAAUGAAAAAUACCCAACUUAUAGUCAGACAGUGAACAACAGCACAGACCUGAAGAUGCCCCCCUGCCAUCCUACUGCUAACCCUCAGUUCCAGCAAAGUCCAGAGGAUACCAGACCCUCUAUUAUUCAUUAUGCACCCAAAACGGCUGACAAAAGUUGUUGCUCCCACAAGGAGAUUAAUUCUGUUCCAGGACCCGAAACGCGUGAACAAGAACUUCCUUCCCGGACACAAAGCUUAGAAAAUGAAGGUGGCAUAGUGAACAACUCUUUUUGGCCCGUUGGUCAUUUGUUGCCAGUUUGGCGUUGCAACAUGAUUGAUCAUUGCAUGACUUUGUUUGCAUUUUGCAGUCUUCAACUCAUAUUGGAUGUAAAGAAACAUGCAACAUGCACUGAGCUUGUGGAAGUCUGGAAAUGGAUCUGCCUGUCAGUAAUUUUCUCUUUUGCCCACCCGCUGUACCUUUCCUAUUUCUCUGCGUGAAAAUGCAUGUUUAUUGUGUUGACUUUUUUCCUGUUGUGGCCCGUUGGCCUUUACCCAGCUUAUCCACUAAAAAUCUCAUGCAUGCCUGAGCUAACUUAUCAUAUUUUUCUUUUAGUAAAGAGGCUAUGGCGUGCAAAGGAUACUGGGCGCUUGGAGUCAGUUGUUGGACCAUUCAAGUUAUAUGAUUCCUCUUUUCGAACACUGCAGGGGUCACGGUGGCUUUCUGAUGAGGUCAUUGAUGCAUACCUGCACCGUGUCAUUGAGAGACGAAAGAAUGCUGUACACCUGCUCUGUUCAGUUGUUGCAAGCUCGUUGUUUUCUGGGCAGUUCAGAUGCCUCACCAAGAUGAAGUUCCCAGUUGAAGACAUGUGGCUGUGCCCUGUGAACUUUGGUACACACUGGAUUCUUGUGAUUGUCAACAUUUCUGCACAGAAAAUACUGCUCAUAGACCCCAUGGGGAAUGAAGGUGUUUAUGACAGGAAAAUUCUGCGCAACUGGCGGAAUUUUCUGAGGAUGAGAGGGCAUGAAGACACCAUGGAGUGGCAGUUACAGACUAUGCUACACAACAAGCAACAGGAUUCCAGCAGUUGCGGAGUUUUGCUGUUAAAGUUUGCAGAACGCUACCUUGCUUUUGGAGAGGUCAGUGAAGUAUUAAUCACUACAGAAGCAGUUGUGCUGGAGCGAAUGCAGAUAGCUUGCACCCUACUUGAACAUCGAGGGAACGCUGAGGAUUACUGCAUUGUUUGCUCUAUGUUAGAUGCUGACGCUGACCGCAGCAUGAUUGAAAUGGUGCAGUGUGAAUCUUGCCAAAGAUGGGCACAUUUUGCAUGUGCAAAAUAUAAAGACAGCAACCAAGAAUAUAAAUGCAAAAAAUGUAAGGAAAACACAUAACAACUUCUAAUAAACACAGCUGUUUUU